AUGCCCAAGAAACGCAAUAACAAGGCGUCAAACGGUCAUCGCAGACCCCCAUCAAAGGGCAAAGCCACCCCGUCCCCCACACCCACUCCCCCCGCGACUGACAUCAACCCCACACCCGAAUCCGCCCCGGUGCCACCGCAACAACACGAGCCGAACAGCAAAGUGGAGGUCAUUCAGCCGAGCCCUCCGAACCCGACGCCGACCGACAAGCCCGUCCCCGCGCCAGAACCGGAAGCCAACGAGCCCGCCAUCAUGCCGCCCCGCGAGCCCGAGCCGGAAUCCCAGCCCGAGGACUCGACCGUGCUCGUUGAGCGCCCCGAGGAGCCCCUCACCGCCGAACCCGUCCAGCUGCACGGCAAGGCAAAGGAGGAGCUCCAUCGGCGCGCCGAGGAGCAGGUCGAGGCCGAGCUCGAGGAGGCUGAGAUGGCCUCUGAGAUUGCAGACGAGCUAGUCGAGCUCGUCGAGUCGAUCGCCGACUCGGAGACUGAGGCGAUGGAGGCUAUCGACACUAUUGCGGCCAAGUCCGGCGCCACGACCAUCGCUAGCGUGCAGGAGUCCUCGCACGAGGCUCAGGAUGAGGCGGCGGAGGCGGCGGAGGAUGUCGCUCAGGAAGCCGAGCAGGACACCGGUGCCGUCGAGGGUAUCCUUCUCAACAGCGGUGCGAGCUCAACACCAGCGACGCCGCCGCGAUCGAACGGACAUGCCACCGACGAAAAGCACGCCGACCACGAGCACGACCAGCACGACCAGCACGACGAGAAGGCCGCGCACCCGCACCUCCGCCGUGCGGCUUCUACGUCGUUCGUUGCCAGUUGUCUCUCGACGAGCCCGAACUCACACGGCAGGACUGUGCACAAGCACCUGCGCUUCACAUCAGCCGACGAGGGCCAGGAUGAGCCCCAGCACCACGUGUACUACCCCCGCAAGCGGAAUCUGAACACGAGCGAUCCGGGGACGCCCAGUAUUGCUGAGACGGCGCACCAGAUCCGCCGCACGAUCUCGUUCGCCUCGUUUGACAACCUGGUGCAGCUGCACACGAACCCGGACCAGAGGGAACGCUUCGUCGCCGAGGUGGCGCGGGCGGGCCGCGAGCUCGUCUGGCGUGACAAGGACGACCACCCCCUCUACCCUCGUGACGGGGAGCAGACGUUUGUGCUGGCUUCCAAACGCGCACUUCGUAAGCCACACAAAACGCUGGGCCGGCGCAAGAAGCUCACUGUCCAGCAGCUCCGCACCGCCAUCAUCGGCGAGGACAGCUGGCGCUUUGGUGCCAUGAUUGGCUCCUUCACAUUCCUCAACACGCUCACGUACCACAUGCUGCGUCUCGCGCCGCCCGCGUCCUACAUCCGGAAACGCCUGCGGCACGGGCUCUUCUCGCAGCCGACCUUCGGCCCGCCGGAACGCGAGGGCGCCGAGGGCGAGCACCGGUGGCACGCGGCGGCGGCAGGCGGCAUUGCUUCGCUGGCGCUGUUCUGGGAAACGGCGGGGCGGCGUCGGGGCGUGUCGCAGCAAAUGUUUGUGCGCGGCCUGCAAGGCGCGUGGAACCAGUACGCGCCCCAGGCAGGCGUGCACAUCCCGUUCGGCAACAUUGUGCUCUUCGGCCUGUGCUGUGGGCAGAUCAUGUUUGGCUUCCUGCUUGCGCCGGAGACGAUCCCGCGCGACUACUACAACUGGAUCCAGAGCGCUAGUGGCGUGCCCACCUUUGCGGUGGCGGCGAAUCGCACGGCUGUACGCGAAAACCUCAUCCAUCCCGAGCACGUCAAGCUCGCGCUCACGAGCAAGGGCGUGACGCGGAACAAUGUGCAUGAGCUGAGGCAGCUGCUGGAGCGCGUUCGCGGGGGCGCCAAGGCGAAUUAUCAUAUUCCGUGCAGCGUCACACACCCCUGGACUGAGAGUUGCGGCUAUACAUUGGUGGAGCGCUUCUUCCGCACGUUCCGCUUCAUGCUGCCCGUGUAUGGCGCACUGCACCUGAUCCCGCCCAUCGUGCUGCGCCGGCACGCGUUCGCAAAGGACCCGCUGCGCAUGCUCGCCCGCAUCACGCUCGGCAUCACGCGUUCCUGCUCCUUCCUCGGCUUCUUCAUCAUCAUCAACCAAGCCCUGUUCUGCCUCCGUUCCAACGCGCUGGAAACCAGCGGUAAAUUCCCCGGAACCGGCCUGGCCGGUCUGCUCCGCUCCCUCGUGGCGCGCAAGGAGACGUUCUGGAUCAUGGGCUUCAUCAAUGCGCUCAGUCUCUUCGCCGAGGAGAGGAAGCGCCGCACAGAGCUCGCCAUGUACGUCUUCCCCAAGGCGCUCGAGAGUGCGUGGGCCUCGGCCAGGAAACGCGCCUGGGUCCCCGUCGUGCCGUUUGGGGACACGGUGCUCGGCGCCGCGGCGCUGGCCAUGGUCAUGGACAGCUAUGUCCACAGCCCCGAGAGUCUGUCGGGCAUCGUGCGCAGGCUGCUGUUCCAGCUCGUCGGGCCCGUGUAG